UACUGUAAUCUUUUAAAUAUAGUAGCGCGAAAGUCUAAAUUAUUUAUUUUAGAAUUUCAGAAAAUGUGUGUUAAUGUCAUGUUCUUACUACGCUUGUUUCGUGUCCAGAGAACAUAGAUGAAAUUAUUUUAAUAUAAUUUUGUACAAAGGGCUUGUUAUUUGUAAAGAAGAGGGCUGUGUGUAAACAGACAUCGAUUUUGAAAAUGGCAUCAUUUUACAGUCAGAUUGACGAACUUCAGAGUCAUUUCAAGACUCAUAAUAAGACACGUGAAUAUCAAGCUCAUUCUUCAAAAGUUCAUUCUGUUGGGUGGAGCUGUGAUGGUCGUAGACUGGCGUCGGGAUCAUUUGAUAAAUCUGUCACCAUCUUUACCUUGGAUCGGGAUAGAUUGAAUAAGGAAUUUACCUUCCGUGGACAUGGUGGCAGUGUUGAUCAGCUUUGUUGGCAUGCUUCAAAUUCAGAUUUACUGAGCACAGCAAGUGGUGACAAGAGUGUUAGAAUUUGGGAUGCAAGGUCACAGAAGUGUGCAGCACAUAUUAUUACAAAAGGAGAAAAUAUUAAUAUAACAUGGUCUCCUGAUGGCAACACAAUAGCUGUUGGAAAUAAAGAAGAUCUUGUCACCUUCAUUGAUACUCGGACACACAAAAUCAAGGCUGAAGAACAGUUCAACUUUGAAGUGAAUGAAAUUUCAUGGAACAAACAGAGUAACUUAUUCUUCCUCACUAAUGGGCAAGGUUGCAUCCAUAUUUUAAGCUACCCUGAUCUGGAACUGCAGCAUAUUCUUAAAGCACACCCUGGAACCUGUAUAUGCAUUGAAUUUGAUCCUACUGGCCGCUACUUUGCCACAGGCUCAGCUGAUGCUUUGGUGUCCUUGUGGGAUGUUGACGAGCUGGCUUGUUUACGUACUUUCUCCAGAUUGGAUUGGCCUGUUCGCACUAUUAGCUUCAGCCAUGAUGGACGUCUCUUAGCAUCAGCAUCAGAAGAUUUAGUGAUUGAUGUUGGAGAGGUGGAAACUGGAGAAAAAGUUGUGGACAUUCCAGUAGAAGCUGCCACAUUCACUGUCGCAUGGCAUCCCAGUCAGUACCUUCUGGCAUAUGCCUGUGAUGAUAAAGACUCUUACGAUCGCAAACGAGAUGCAGGGAGUCUCAAGGUGUAUGGUUUUCCUUCAGAGUAAAUGCACAAUUCAAACAAGUGGAUAACCACAAUCUUAAGAGACAUGUUUGUACAUUUUUUUACAAUUUAUAUUUUCAAAUAGUGCAAUGCAUUGUUUGUUAUAUACAUUUAAUACCAUCAAAGUGGCCAGCCUUGUUAGACCAUUAUACCUUAUAUGACAAUGUCCAUAGGAGCUUUCCAUGCCAGUUGCUGCACAUAAUACAAGCUGAAUAAAAAAGAUAAAUUCCAUCAGUAACUACACAAACUCCUUAUUUUACAAGUAUUCAAUCAAAAAAAUUUGCAUAAGUACAUUUAAGAAAUUAAUAUUUCUUUCUCAAUAUGAAUAAUGAAUUUAAUUUCCUUCCUCUGUAUACUGUAUUGAGAGAAGUAAGCAAAAGGUGUGUGGAUACUGAAAGAAAGAAUAAGAGUGAAAAAACACUGAAUUGAGAACUAGUUGGGGGGAAAAAAUAUACACACAAAUAUGUAUCAAAGAGGGUAAAGAAGGUAUGGGAUGGUAGAAAAUGGGUAUUUAGAGACUUAAGGGUGUCAGGCCAAAUAUAUCCUAUGUGUAAUAAAGAAAGGCUGGAGUCACAUAGACAUGUGAGGAAACUACAAGUUGGAGAGAUGAGUUUGUAGACAGAAGAUUUACAGGCAAUGAGCCAUAAAUUGGAAUUAGAAGGAUAGAUACAAAUACAGAUAAUAAAAACUGCAGAAAACUGGGUUAUAUUUAAGCAAACAGAAAGAGAAAUUGUACAGGUCAGUGAGGAAAUAUGAGGAAAAAAUCAUAAACUAUGGGAUGGGAAAGAUUAGAGACAUUGGUAUAGUUUUAAAUUAAAAUGAAGAAUGUUAAAAUAAAUGUAAACAUACACAGAAGCAGACAAAAGACCAGGAAGUCAUGUCCAACAACAAACUGUAACCAACAGAUUCAAUAAAUGCCAUAAUUUAAAA